CACGUCGUACCGAGUCGUAGUCGAGCCGAAGAGCCAGGGUCGCGAUGGCAGCAAUUGCGUGGCAGGUGACACUACUGCUAUUGCUGGUGAUAAUUGGCCCAAUCGCUGGCCUUUCCGCGACACUCCGUGCGAAUGACGGAGAACAGCCGGCGGCAAGCGAAUCGACUGCUCGCGCCAUCGUCGAUGGCUACGAACCGGACAUUCUGGAGCUGAACUACAACACCACGCUGGAGUCUUGGGCGUACGAAACGAACGUGUCGGACGAGUCGCUAAAGCUGCGCGACGAUGCCGUCGCAGAGCAAACGAGCUUUCUGAAGGAAGUUGCCCGUGAACUGCGGCUGUACGAUUUCAACAGCUUCAAGGAUGCCGACCUGAAGCGCCGGAUCAAGAAGCUGACGGACCUCGGGUAUGCGGCCUUGAGCGAGGACAAGUUUACGCUGCUCGUCGAUGCGAUCUCGCGCAUGCAGGAGAACUACGCCACGGCGAAGGUGUGCGAGUAUCGGAAUGAAUCCAACUGCCAGUUUGGGCUGGAACCGGAGCUGACGGAGAGGCUGGCGAAGGGCCGCGAUGCGGAGGAGCUGAAGUAUUAUUGGGUGCAGUGGCACGAUGUGGCCGGGAAGUCGGUGCGGAAGGAUUUCGACGAGUACGUCACUCUGAACCGUGAGGCUGCCCAGCUGAACAAUUUUACGUCGGGCGCUGAGUAUUGGUUGGAUGCGUAUGAGGAUGAGACUUUCGAGGCACAAGUCGAUGCAGCCAUCGAACAGAUAAAACCCCUGUACGAGCAGAUCCAUGCGUACGUAAGGUACAAGCUGCGGAAAUACUACGGCGGUGAGAUCGUGUCCGAGAAGGGACCCAUCCCGAUCCACCUACUCGGCAAUAUGUGGGGACAAACGUGGGACAAUGUGGCGGACAUCACGACACCGUUCCCGAAGAAGAAGCUGCUGGACGUCACCGAAGAGAUGGUUCGCCAGGGCUACACUGCGGUGAAAAUGUUCCAGAUGGGCGACGAAUUUUUCCAGUCACUGAACAUGACCAAGCUGCCACCGACAUUCUGGGAGAAGAGCAUCCUAGAGAAGCCCAAGGACGGCAGGGAAUUGGUGUGCCACGCCAGCGCCUGGGAUUUCUACAAAACGGACGAUGUGCGCAUUAAGCAGUGCACUCGCAUCAAUAUGGAAGAUUUCUUCACGGUGCACCACGAACUCGGCCACAUCCAGUACUACCUGCAGUACCAGCACUUGCCCAGUGUCUACCGGGAGGGCGCCAAUCCGGGCUUCCAUGAGGCGGUUGGUGAUGUGCUUUCCCUGUCCGUUUCGAGUCCGAAACAUCUGGAGCGCAUCGGUUUGCUGAAGGGCUUUGUGCUGGAUGAAGAAUCGAAGCUGAACCAGUUCUAUCAGUCCGGGCUCGGGAAGCUGGUCUUCCUACCGUUUGCCUACACGUUGGACAAGUACCGUUGGCAGAUUUUUCGUGGUGAAGUGAAGCCCGAAAACUACAACUGCAAGUUCUGGGAGAUGCGCUCGAAGUACUCCGGUGUCGAGCCGCCGGUCGUGCGCAGCGAGGACGAUUUUGAUGCGGCCGCCAAGUACCACGUGUCGGCGGAUGUCGAGUACCUGCGCUACUUUGUGUCAUACAUCGUGCAGUUCCAGUUCCACCGGGCUGCGUGUGAGAAGGCGGGACAGUACGUGAAGGGAGAUCCAGAGAAGACGGUCAAUAACUGCGAUAUCUACCGGAGUGCCGAGGCUGGCAAUGCGCUGAAAGCGAUGCUAGCGUUGGGCUCGUCGAAACCGUGGCCAGAUGCGAUGGAGGUCCUUACCGGGCAGCGCAAAAUGAGUGCCGAGGCCUUGAUCGAGUACUUCCAGCCGCUGUACGAUUGGUUGGUGAAGGAAAACAAAGCAAUCGGCGCUUUCGUUGGAUGGGAACCGACUGACAAAUGUAAAUCAGCCUAAAUCUUCGACACAUAUUGAUUUGACGGUGCGUUUGAAGCACCUUUCUGACGAUCUUCGGUAACGCAUCGUUACAAUUGAUUGAUGAUAAAUCUGAUCUUUAUACGUGGGCAGCAAUAUUGAAACUAUACACAAUAAACGUACUUGCA